ACCACAACAGGAACAGGCUCUUGGCGCUGAUCUGAGGCCCAGCUGACAUCAUGUGUGACGACGACGAGACCACCGCUCUUGUGUGCGACAACGGCUCCGGCCUGGUGAAGGCUGGCUUCGCCGGAGAUGACGCUCCCCGCGCCGUGUUCCCCUCCAUCGUGGGCCGCCCCCGCCACCAGGGCGUCAUGGUGGGUAUGGGUCAGAAGGACUCCUACGUGGGAGACGAGGCCCAGAGCAAGAGGGGCAUCCUGACCCUGAAGUACCCCAUCGAGCACGGCAUCAUCACCAACUGGGACGACAUGGAGAAGAUCUGGCACCACACCUUCUACAACGAGCUGCGCGUGGCCCCCGAGGAGCACCCCACCCUGCUGACCGAGGCCCCCCUCAACCCCAAGGCCAACAGGGAGAAGAUGACCCAGAUCAUGUUCGAGACCUUCAACGUCCCCGCCAUGUACGUGGCCAUCCAGGCCGUGCUGUCCCUCUACGCCUCCGGUCGUACCACAGGUAUUGUGCUGGACUCCGGUGACGGUGUGACCCACAAUGUGCCCAUCUAUGAAGGCUACGCUCUGCCCCACGCCAUCAUGCGUUUGGAUCUGGCCGGCCGUGACCUCACCGACUACCUGAUGAAGAUCCUGACUGAACGCGGUUACUCCUUUGUGACAACCGCUGAACGUGAGAUUGUGCGCGACAUCAAGGAGAAGCUGUGCUACGUGGCUCUGGACUUCGAGAACGAGAUGGCCACCGCCGCCUCCUCCUCCUCCCUGGAGAAGAGCUAUGAGCUGCCCGACGGUCAGGUCAUCACCAUCGGCAACGAGCGUUUCCGCUGCCCCGAGACCCUGUUCCAGCCUUCCUUCAUUGGCAUGGAGUCUGCCGGUAUCCAUGAAACCACCUACAACAGCAUCAUGAAGUGCGACAUCGACAUCCGUAAGGACCUGUACGCCAACAACGUCCUGUCCGGAGGCACCACCAUGUACCCGGGUAUUGCCGACCGCAUGCAGAAAGAGAUCACCGCCCUGGCCCCCAGCACCAUGAAGAUCAAGAUCAUCGCUCCCCCUGAGCGUAAGUACUCCGUCUGGAUCGGCGGCUCCAUCCUGGCCUCUCUGUCCACCUUCCAGCAGAUGUGGAUCAGCAAGCAGGAGUACGACGAGGCCGGCCCCUCCAUCGUCCACAGGAAGUGCUUCUAAGCAGCCACGCCCCCUUGCCACCCCACCUCGAUGCAGCGGCAAACACAAAAAAAAUCACUCUUUACAUUACCUCCGCCUGUGGACACAGAUAUGAAGACAGACAGACAUCCAGGCAGCCUUCCCUUUACGUUUGCCUAUGUACAGUUUUGUUUACAUGCAAGUGAAAUUUAUAUGUGGUUAUUUUCUGGAUUGUGAAUUGUAUUUAUAUGUGGAUAUUUAUUUGGUUUGUAGAAUAAACAAGA